AUGGCUCCCUCUGCGCUACCGGAAGAGCCACAGAUGUACGCAUCAACCAUCAACGAGAUGGCCCGCGGCCGAAAGUUCUUCCCCUCCCACAAGUUCAUCAUCAGUUGCGGCACCGUCACCGUCAACAUGAGCGCACGGCGCGUGCUGCUGGUCUACAACAAGCGCCACCGCAUCUACCAGCUCCCCAAGGGCCGCAAAAACAUUGGCGAGGACCUUCUCGCGGCCGCUCUACGUGAGACUGCGGAGGAGACGGGUGUCGCGGUGAGGCCGGUAACCCUGCGACUCAGAACAAGGGCCACGCCCGUUGGCGGGCCACCGGGAGCGCCGGAGGUGUCGGAGGAGGUUGUCGACACGGAGCCCGUCGCUGUGUGUCACUACCCGGACCCGGCUUCUGGCGCGAUGAAGAUGGUGUUUUAUUUCGUGGCCGAGGGAAACUGUGAUCUUGCGUCGGAAGGGGGGACCAGGGAGGAUCGGGUCAAGUUUGAUGUGGUCUGGGUCGAUGCCGCCGAAGCGGCUGAUAUUUUGGCGUUUAAAGAGGACGGAAUGGUCGUUGAAAAGGCGUUGGAUGAUCUAAGGGCUUCUGGGUAUGACCCUUAA